AUGGCGAGAUUUCUGGGUCUCAGAGGUGAUCGCUUGACGAGCGCGAUCAGUGCAAUAUGUGGAUUAUGCUUUUUGUGCUAUGGCUGGGCGCAAGGAGUGAUGGGUGGUCUCUUGACUGUUCCGGCCUUCCUCGAACAAUAUCCGCAGAUCAACAUCGUCGACGAGAAUUCUUUUCAUAAUGCUUGGGUCACUGGUCUUACUGUUGGAACCUGGAAUCUUGGAUGUGUUGUUUCAGCAGUGCUCGCCAUUUUCAUCAGCGACGGACUUGGUCGACGAAAGACGCUACUUCUGGGAAUAACACUCUGGGCGAUAGGUGAAUUGAUCCAGGUCACCUCAUACAGCUUCGCUCAACUUAUCGUCGGAAGAGCUAUCGCGGGAUUCGGCAAUGGCUUCACCACCUCAACCGCACCAGCAUACCAAGCCGAGUGCGUCAAGUCGCAUCGCAAAGGAACUAUACUCAUGAUCACUGCUGGAGUAUUCGUAUCCCUGGGGUACGCUCUGUCAUACUGGUCGGUCUUCGGCUUCGCAUACCUCAACAACAGCAAUGCUGCAUGGCGCGUUCCUAUUGCCCUCCAGAUCAGCUUCGCACUCCCGGCCAUUGCCAUGCUAUUCGUCCUCCCUGACUCGCCCAGAUGGCUGAUUUUAACCGGACGUGAGCAGGAAGCGCUCACGGUCAUUGCGGCUCUCAAUGACGACGACCCCGAUAGCUACGAGGUUAGGGACGAGUUCCUGCAGAUUAAGGAUGCCAUUCUCGUUAUGGUACAAGGCUCGACGUCCAAGCUGUUCUCUAACAAAGACAGACGAGGUUUCCAUCGUGUCGUCCUCGCCUUUUUUGUUCAAGUCUUCCAGCAAGGCACCGGCAUCAACCUGGUCUUACAGUACCUCUCCUGGAUCUUCCUGAUGCGCAUGGGCUACGCAGCAUGGAUGGCCCGUCUACUGGCUUCCUGUUCCGCCACAGCCUACUUCCUUGCAUCCUUUGUUACAGUCGUUGGUAUAGAUCGCUUCUGGGGCAGGCGCUCACUCAUGAUUUUCGGCGCAUCAGGCAUGUCAGGCUGCAUGAUCCUUGUUACCAUCAUGCAAUACCUGUGGACCAUCAAGGGAAUCAGCGCAGCUAGGUUCGCAAGUACUGUCUUCCUCUUUGUCUUCUCGAUAUUCUUCGCCAUUGGCUGGCAGGGCAUGGCAUGGUUGUACCAAGUUGAGAUUGUGCCUUUGAGGAUCCGUGGUCCGGCAAAUGCACUCAGCACGCUUGGCAACUGGCUGAUCAACUUUAUCAUCGUGUUUAUCACGCCAAUUGCUUUCGCUAACAUUGGCUACCGAACCUGGAUCAUCUUCGCUGUCACAAACUUCGCCAUUGUUCCUCUCGUAUACUUCUUCUACCCAGAAACCGCCUUCCGCUCCUUGGAAGAAGUUGACGUCAUUUUCGUCCUUGCAGAUGAAGCACCCGGCAACCCCUGGCUCAACGCCGUCCGAAUCAGCUUAGAUGAGCCGCUAUGGUUCGGCAAGAAAGGCGGGGAUCGUCUUAGCUUCGACUACGCCAACAGUAGCUGGCAUCGUAAGCUAAUGGGGUCACUGAAUGGCAGUGGAAAUGGCAGUAGCGACGAAAAGCGCGGUCGCAAGGACAAGCACAGCAGCUCUAGCAGCAGCGACGAGGACCAUACCGGAUCAAGUGGCUCAGAUACCGUCGCACCACCAAGGACUCAAAAACGCAAUGGUUCAGAGUCACCUGUAGAUCCGGGGAUGUACUCCAACGAGCUGCGCGACCACUCCCCAACAAACAUCAUCACCGCCACACUCGCAUCCCAGCACAAAAACGACUCAAGGCGAUCUCUACGCCAAGUCCUCACCCGCUCACAUAGCUCCAAUCAGCGCCUCGAGCAAGAACGCAUUGCGGCUACCGAACAUCAACGCGUCCUCGCCAUGAGCGCCAUGCACGACGGCGAUCAAAGUCUUGACGAUGACCCCAUAUACCACGAGGCCUCCCUCGGCCCCGCGUCUCUCCGCAUCUCACGCCCACCCAGCGGCGAGGUCCGCCCAUACUCCAGCGACACAACGAGUCACCGCGCAUUCCACCACCCUGACGUGGACGGGAGACCAAGGACGAGAGAUAGUAAAGAGAGCUUGGAUUCUGGCUAUCCAGGGAGAUUGAGGGCGGAUGAGAUUGGGCCGACGGAGAGCGGGACGGAGGCAGAUGAGGAUGUUGAUGCGAGGAGAGAGGGAUUGGGGAGUAGAGGGAGCAGAGGGGUGGCGAGGGCAGCGGGGAGGGCGUUUUGA